AUGGCGGCGGCGCCGGGGCCGCCGGGGCCGCCGGGGUCCCCGGGCCGUCCCCCCGUCCCGGCCCCCGUCCCCUCGGCCCCCGGCUGCUCGGCCCCCUCGGGCCCCGGCCCCGGGCCGGAGGAGUCGUCGGACAGCGAGCCGGAGCCCGAGCCGGGCUCCCCGCAGAAGCUCAUCCGCAAGGUGUCCACCUCGGGACAGAUCCGACACAAGACUAUCAUAAAAGAGGGGAUGCUAAUGAAACAGACCAGUUCGUUCCAACGCUGGAAAAGAAGAUACUUCAAACUACGUGGACGCACGCUGUACUAUGCAAAAACUGCCAAGUCUAUCAUUUUCGAUGAGGUGGAUCUGACUGAUGCUAGUGUGGCCGAAUCCAGCACCAAAAAUGUUAAUAACAGCUUCACGGUCAUCACUCCAUGUCGGAAACUCAUUCUGUGCGCUGAUAACAGGAAAGAGAUGGAAGACUGGAUUGCAGCACUGAAGACUGUGCAGAAUCGGGAGCAUUUUGAGUCUACCCAGUACAGCAUGGACCAUUUCUCAGGGAUGCAUAACUGGUACGCCUGUUCGCACGCCCGGCCCACAUACUGUAACGUUUGCCGGGAGGCCUUAUCCGGAGUCACGUCGCAUGGACUUUCUUGUGAAGUGUGCAAGUUUAAAGCUCAUAAGCGCUGUGCUGUUCGGGCAACCAAUAACUGCAAGUGGACCACACUGGCCUCUAUUGGGAAGGAUAUCAUUGAGGAUGAAGAUGGGAUCUCCAUGCCCCACCAGUGGCUGGAAGGAAACCUCCCCGUGAGUGCUAAGUGCACGGUGUGCGAUAAGACGUGCGGGAGUGUGCUGCGCUUGCAGGACUGGCGCUGCCUCUGGUGCAAAGCCAUGGUACACACAUCAUGUAAAGAACUGUUACUGACCAAGUGCCCCCUCGGCCUCUGUAAAGUAUCAGUCAUUCCUCCCACGGCCCUUAACAGCAUUGAUUCAGAUGGGUUCUGGAAGGCCACCUGCCCCCCUUCGUGUACAAGCCCUUUACUGGUCUUUGUCAAUUCAAAAAGUGGAGACAACCAGGGUGUGAAGUUCCUGCGUCGAUUCAAACAGCUGCUAAACCCUGCCCAAGUCUUUGACCUCAUGAAUGGAGGACCCCACCUUGGCUUGCGUCUAUUUCAGAAAUUUGAUACAUUCCGGAUUCUGGUUUGUGGAGGGGAUGGCAGUGUCGGAUGGGUCCUCUCUGAAAUUGAUAGCCUCAACCUUCAUAAACAGUGUCAGUUGGGAGUGCUGCCUCUGGGUACCGGAAAUGACCUAGCUCGCGUGUUAGGCUGGGGUUCAGCCUGUGAUGAUGAUACUCAGCUUCCCCAGAUCUUGGAAAAGCUGGAGAGAGCCAGCACCAAAAUGCUCGAUAGGUGGAGCAUCAUGGUAUAUGAAACCAAACUUCCUCGCCAAGCUUCUUCUUCCACGGUCACAGAAGACUUCAGUGAGGAUUCUGAGGUACAGCAGAUUCUCUUUUAUGAAGAUUCGGUUGCAGCUCAUCUGUCCAAAAUACUGACCUCUGAUCAGCACUCUGUGGUUAUCUCAUCAGCCAAGGUGCUUUGUGAGACCGUGAAGGAUUUUGUGGCUCGAGUGGGGAAGGCCUAUGAGAAAGCAACUGAGAGCUCAGAGGAGUCUGAGGUCAUGGCUAGAAAGUGCUCUGUCCUGAAGGAGAAGCUGGACUCUCUGUUGAAGACACUAAAUGAUGAGUCUCAGGCCUCCUCUUCCCUACCAAAUCCACCCCCGACGAUUGCGGAAGAAAUUGAAGAUGGAGAGGGGUCUGGCAGUGUUUGUGAUUCCACCAGUGACCGCUCAGUGGGAUCUGCUUGCCCAGCGCGUCCUCAGAUAUUCCGACCUCGGGAACAGCUUAUGCUAAGAGCCAACAGCCUGAAGAAAGCUAUCCGUCAGAUUAUAGAGCAUGCAGAAAAAGCUGUUGAUGAGCAAAAUGCCCAAACCCAAGAACAAGAAGGUUUCCUCCUGGGUCUCUCGGCUUCCGAGGAGGGAAAAGAACUGAAGAGUGAGGACAAAAUUUCUCUGCCAUCAUCCCACGGUGGGAACUGUGGAGUUUCCAGAGGGAGGACUCACCGGAAAGGGUCCAAAUCCCCUUGUGAAAAGCUAAUAAACAAAGGAAGUUUGUCGCUGGGCAGCUCUGCAUCUCUUCCUCCCCAGACAGGAAACCGGGACAACUUGCCAAUGCUGAACACAAAGAUUCUGUACCCGAAUAUUCGUGCUGGGAUGUCCGGUUCCUUGCCUGGGGGUUCCGUCAUCAGCCGUUUACUGAUCAACGCGGAUCCUUUUAAUUCCGAACCAGAAAAUCUGGAGUGUUACACAGAGAAGUGUGUCAUGAACAAUUAUUUUGGCAUUGGGCUAGACGCAAAGAUCUCGCUGGAUUUCAACAAUAAGCGUGAUGAGCACCCAGAGAAGUGCAGAAGUCGUACUAAGAACAUGAUGUGGUAUGGAGUGCUGGGAACCAAGGAACUACUACACCGAACUUACAAGAACCUGGAGCAGAAAGUCUUGUUGGAGUGUGAUGGGCGGCCAAUCCCCUUGCCCAGUCUUCAGGGAAUCGCAGUCCUCAACAUUCCCAGCUAUGCAGGAGGCACCAAUUUCUGGGGAGGUACCAAGGAGGAUGAUAUGUUUACGGCUCCAUCCUUCGAUGAUAAGAUUUUGGAAGUGGUCGCAGUAUUUGGGAGUAUGCAGAUGGCUGUUUCUCGGGUGAUUAACUUGCAGCAUCACCGGAUUGCCCAGUGCCGAACAGUGAAGAUUGCCAUUCUAGGAGAUGAGGGAGUACCUGUGCAGGUGGAUGGAGAGGCCUGGAUUCAGCCCCCAGGCUACAUUCGAAUUGUCCACAAGAACCGGGCCCAGACCCUCACCAGAGACAGGGCAUUUGAAAGCACCCUCAAAUCCUGGGAAGACAAGCAGAAAUGUGAGCUAUCUCGACCACCCUCCUUCUCCCUGCCCCCAGAGAUCAUGUCGGAGGAAGAAUCCACGCAGAUGAACCUGUUCGGUCAGGCGGCUGGAGCUCUGAUUCACAGCAUCCGGGAAAUAGCCCAGUCCUAUCAGGACAUGGAGCAGGAGCUUGCUCAUGCCGUCAACGCCAGCUCCAAAGCCAUGGAUCGAGUCUACGCCAAGUCCAAGACCACCGAGGGACUCAACUGCAGCUUUGUUGUUGAAAUGGUCAAUAGCAUCAAAGCCCUGCAUAGUGAGACGGAACUGCUGCUCUCUGGGAAAAUGGCCUUGCAGUUAGAUCCUCCACAGAAGGAACAGCUCAGGACAGCCUUGGCAGACAUGGACCUUCAGCUUAGGAAGCUGGCAGACAUUCCCUGGCUUUGGCAGCUCAUGGAACCCAGCGAUGAAGAGAACCUGGUGCUGGAUUAUUCCAAGCGAAGCCGCAGUGGUAAAUUCCGCCUCGUGACCAAGUUUAAAAAGGAGAAAAACAACAAGAACAAAGAAACUCGUAGCAGUAUGGGACUCCCGGUUCACCUCUGGGGGACGGAGGAGGUCGCAGCCUGGCUUGAGCACCUCAGUCUCUGUGAGUAUAAGGAAAUCUUCAUCCGACAUGACGUCCGGGGCUCUGAGCUCCUGCAUCUCGAGCGGAGGGACCUCAAGGACCUGGGAGUGACCAAAGUGGGACACAUGAAGAGGAUCUUACACGGGAUCAGGGAGCUGAACCGCAGCGCUCCGGCCAGCGAGGCGUGACCUUGUUCUUUGCGGCCUGCGCCUAUCCUUCCCCCAACCCCUGAGCCCGCCCGGGCAACGACGUUCGCUUCACAGAACAGCAGGAACAAAGGACAAGACACGUGGCAAACUUGGCAGCUGGUUGGAGUUCGCAUUGGCCUCUCACGGUGCUACUCUUCCCUGUGGGCUACCAGUCCGGAGGAACCUUGCCUGCUAGAAGGAUGCAGCUUCUCAGAAGAAAAUUCACCAGCCAACUCUGGCAGUAGUGCAGGUCUCUUGGAUAAAGCAACCCAGCUACCUGGCCAAACUGAAGCAGAUCAGAAUCAUUCAGGGGAAAUGGAGAAAUGGGCAGUUUUAGUCCCGUGGCAUGUAGAAUGACGUAUCCAGUGCCAUGACAUAAUCUUGCAGGCAGUGACCGAACAUGGUAACGGUCAAAGAGCGCAAAACGUGUGCCAGUGACCUUCAGCGGAUGCUUUUCUGUCCCUACCACCAAAUUCCCACUUAUUCUGUCCGGGUUGCUCUUUCACACAUGCCUUUCGACAAAUAGUACAUGUGAGAACACCAGCCUUUUGCAAAGGAAGAAAACAAAGUAAAGGCAUUCUGAAAUCCUCUCUCCAGCAGCUAGUUAGCCAACAGGAGCGGUACAACCUCCUAAUCUGUAGUUGCUGUUGUGAUCACUUAACAUUUUUUAGGAUUUUUAAUACUUGCGAAAUGCCUUGCAGUCCUUCUUGUGGUUCCUCACAAGCUGUGGGCAGGUCAGUAUUAUCAGCCCCAUUUUACAGAUGAGAAAUGUAAAGUAUGAAGAUGUUGCAAUCGACUAGGGUCUCCCGGUCAAUCAGAACUCAGAGCCUGUUGAGUUUGGCCCAUUACUGCUCACUGUGGGCCUUCUUCGGACCCCCGCCCUCCCCUCGGGACUUCCAAGGCCACAGAGCCCCUAGAAGCUCACUGGGAGGUAUAAGUGGUGUUUUCGUUUAAGAUCCCAUUAGGAAUGAACAAGUGAAUUAAUGGUACACUGAUACAUCAACCGUUUACCAAUGUAUUUUUUAACGGUUGGGGAAAAGCACGCUUAAUUUAAACCAGUAAGUGGAUGGGUUUCGGACAGCAAAAAUAGCCCUUCUCCUUCCAGACCUCUCCUCCAGUAUUUCAUCUUCAUUUCUUCUGCCCUUCUCGCAAGAGAGUUGCAGUGGAGAUCAUGAGGUUAGGUGGAUGGUCGUAUCUUCCAAAAUUAGAAAUCGGUUUUUCAAGGAUGCCACAGGGAAGCCAGGAGGUGAAUGGUCUUAGUAAAACUUCUGAGCGUUGUUUUGACAGAUACCUGAGCUUUCGAGUCUAAAUAGACCCCCAAACCUUGCAAACAUUCCAGUUCAGAAAAUUUAAUAGAAAUGAAGGGUGGCAGGAUAAAAAGACAUAAAGAUCAAAUUCUAUUUUAUGGGGUCUGGGAGUGUGAGCAUAUUCGAAUAGUGAAGGAUAAGAAGUCCUACUUUCCAAGUAUAGGGUGUUUAUGGACCUUAUAUACUGUGAUUUACCACUUCUGGUUCCUUAGGUGCUACAAGGGCUUGUUUUUUUUUUAAUUCCUCAAAGGCAUUUUGUUAACACCCUACUGGGGUCCUUAAUCUAAACAGAGUUUGUGAGGGAUUUGAAGUCUACCUGCCUUAGACCCUGAAAUAUUAUCCAGGAGGCACAGACAACAUUGGUAGCCACAUCUGCGACCUUGAAAGGGCAAACAUCUUGAGAAAAUCAGAUUAAAUUUGUCAGUUGGGGACCUUCUUUUCCAUCUCUAGAGCAUAACUUCUUUAAAAUGAGACAAUAUCACGGGGUUUACAUUCUUGUUGCUACUCUGGGCUCCCUAUUACCACCAAUUUCGAGGGUUGGUAAUAAUUUGUAUUUAAGCUUUACCAAGAUUGGAUUUUCAGGGCUCGGACUCUCCUCAGCCCUAGCCUGGCAGGAAUAGAAAAAUUCAGGGCCUCUCAAAUCCUAAGGCUUUCUGUAGUUUGCCUAGGGUCAGAGCUGCCAUUUUAAGGCUAUGCUGCUGUAGGAGAGCCCUUUUUUUUCAAUCAACCAAUACCAGUGGUAUUUAUUGAGCCUUUACUAUGUGCAAAACAGUGUACAACAGAGUUGGUAGAGCCAUUCCCUGGCCAUGAGAAGUUUACAGUCUAGAGGAGUAGACGUUCCCUCCUGAGCUGUAUAAAAGCAACCCCUUUGUCCCCUGCCUUCAGCAGGAAGACUAUUUUCCCCAUCUUACCCUAGCUAGAUUCACCUUUAGUCAGAACAGAAGCACUCUUCUGAGGAGAUUAAAGAGAGCUGUGGUGAUGGGAGAGAGAUUCGUUUUCAGUCCCUCGAUUGUGGAAAGAAUCAUAUUGGUCUUCCACUCCACAGGACUUCAUGUAAACUAGGGAUGUGAGUAGGGGAAGCACCGUAACUCAGACUCCCCUCUCACCUGCAACUAGGCUAAUGUGCCUAAUAAUGAUAAUAAUUAUUAUUAUGG